AAUGCAAAGUGCGUUUGUACCUACGAUCGCGAAAUGAUGGUGGCUUGGCCAUGCUUUAACAUAAGCGUAUGGUAUGACCAUACAUGCCCUUCGUGUAAAGAAGAUGGCUACUGUGAGUAUAGCUCACAUGAAGGCGAAGAACCUGAUAACAAUGCGUCAGGAUGGCCGUGUAAAUGUCGCAAUCGCACAGAAAGUAUUGAGAUAGUUGAUGCUCCUUACUGCAUCGGCAAACGUCCGCGGGAGAUUCGAAAGCUGUGGGUUGAUGACUUUACGAACACUACAACCACCUCUACUACCACUACUACUACUACAAGUAAAUCAGUCAAUAACUAUUUUGCAUUAGAAGGAUUAGAUCUCAUAUUUUCAGCCACAACGACCACCACCACCACAACGACACCACCCACAACACCUAUGCCGACUGCUCGGCCCAAUCAGAGAGCGAUUGUGAGCAAUCCGGAAACCAUCAAAGCUAUGGGAUUUUCGGGAAUGACUGAUGGAGUCGCGAUGUUAACGAGAGCCAAAGAAAAUUUGAUGUUUACCAUGUCUGCGUUGUCCGUUGAACAGCGCAUAGCCUUAUCUCAAAGCAAGCGUGAAUUUAUAGAAAUGUGCUCUUUUAAUGGGCAUGAGUGUAAUAUUGAAGAGGACUUUCGUCUUCAUGUCGAUCCAGAAUUCGGUAACUGUUACACAUUUAAUUAUGAUGUAAACAACAACUACACAAGCAGCAGAGCAGGACCAAUGUACGGAAUAAGAGUGCUCCUUUUCGUGAAUACUUCUGACUACAUGUCAACUUCGGAAUCAGCUGGAGUGCGGCUUGCAAUACAUGCCCCUACCGAAUAUCCAUUUCCUGAUACAUUUGGCUACUCGGCUCCAAAACUCAUACAAAGACUGUCUAAACCUUACGGAGACUGCAUUCAUCCAGAAAGCUUCAAUAAAACUGAUUAUAUAUACGAAAAUUACGACUAUCAUCCGGAAGGAUGUCAUCGAAGCUGCUUCCAAACGAAUUUACUGCGUGAUUGUGCAUGUGGGGAUCCACGCUUCCCAGUGCCGGAAAACCGCAAACAUUGCUCAGCAUUCAACGCUACAGCAAGAGACUGUUUGGAAAAGAACAUCGGUUCCAUUGGGGAUUUUCAUCACAUAACAGAAAGAAUGAACUGUGAAUGCAAACAGAGAUGUACGGAGGUGGUGCAUGAGGUCACAUUCUCGACCAGUAGGUGGCCCUCAGGAGCGACUGAUGUAAUAUUGUCACAUACCAAGAAACUACCUGUGUCUCUAUUUUCGCACAUGAACGAACCUAGAAAAAUGUUCUACGUGGAAAAUACUGGGGUACAUCUUACUAAGUUUACUCUGCUAUCUCCCUUGGCAUGCAUGCAAAACUUCAUCCAAGCCCUCUGUGCUUAGGC